AUGCCCACUGCGCCCGCAGCAGAUGCCCCUGCUGCAACUUACAACGCGUCAUGCCACUGCGGAGCCUUUGCAUACAGCGUGACCAUCUCCCCGCCACUCGAUAGCCCCAGCUCCACCGUCACAGAAUGUAACUGCAGUAUCUGCACGCGCAACAGCUACCUACUCGUCUAUGUGCCCAACGAGCGCGUAGUUUUCUCAAAAGGCCGUAUCGAGCAGUUUUGCUCGUAUUCGUUUGCUACCAAGAAAAUGGACCAUUAUUUCUGUGGCGCCUGCGGCUCAGCGUGCAUGGUUCGAUCGCGAUUCGAGCAUUUCUUUCCGGGCAUGACGGCGGUCAAUGUGCGGAUGCUGCAUCAUGUUGAUGUCAAGAGGUUGAAUACCAAGGCUGCGGAUGGGAAGAGUCUUUGAUAUACUUGGAGGUGAUUUUUAGGUGCUACUGGGGUUUUCAACAUGGGUUUAUAAAAGGGAAUUAUGCUAUAAAGCUGAAUCUAUCGACAGGAAUUACUCAAGUUCAUCUGUCGUCGAUUGGAUCUGUCUUUUCUUCUUCUUGAGUAUAUGAGCAUGCUCUCGGUCCUGUGCAUGUUGGAGAUGAUGAGCAAUGCUCUUCUAUAUGGUAGCUCUACCCUAGUAAACUCGUACUCAAUAGCAAUAUAUAUAACGUC